AAAGGUCCACGUUGGACACAGAAAGAAAAUAAAAAAAUGAGAGUCAGAAGAAAUUUUUCGAAAAUGGAGAAGAUCGAUAAUUUUGAGGACGUUCUACCCCAACCCGAUAGUGUUGACGGCUGUGAGGGAGGCGCUCACAAGAAGAGGAGGAGAGGGAGACUGACACAGAAGAAUCUAUUCCAGUUGUGGGGGCUUGAGAAUCCUAACCUUGAUCUGCGACCUUCCACAGCUACUUCUCUUGCUUCCCGCAAAAAUCAACAGCGCCUUUGCCCCUUCUAUAAGAGGAUUCCAGUCUUCAUUCAUGCAGGAACGCCCUUCACUGUUGAUGCAUUCUGCUAUGGUUCAGUCAAAGGUUGCUCUGCCUAUUUCCUUAGUCACUUCCAUGCUGAUCAUUAUAUUGGCUUGUCCAAAGGAUGGUCACAUGGACCUAUCUACUGUACCAACCUCACUGCUCGCUUGCUUAGAAUCUGUCUUUAUGUUAGUCCAUCUUUCAUCUGUCCUCUGGAAUUAGGUACUGAGUACAACCUUAAUGGAAUCAAAAUUACUAUGCUUGAUGCUAAUCACUGUCCUGGUGCUGCUCUCAUUCACUUCCGUCUCCCAAAUGGACAAUGUUACUUGCACACUGGAGACUUUAGGGCCUCAAAGCUGAUGCAAUCAUAUCCAGUUAUUGCAAGCCAACGUAUUAAUAUACUUUACCUUGACACAACAUAUUGCAAUCCAAAGUACAGGUUUCCUUCAAAAGAAGAUGUUUUGGAAUUUGUUGUAGGUGUCACGAGAAGAUAUUUGAAUAAUCAUCCAAAAACCAUCGUGGUUGUUGGUGCAUACAGCAUUGGAAAAGAACAUGUCUAUUCUGCAAUUUCCAAGGCACUGGGGGUAAAAAUAUAUGCAAAUGCCUCCAGGAGGCGCAUUCUUCGAUCUUUCGGCUGGGUUGGGAUUUCUGAAAAUCUGUCAACAAAUGGAAAAGACACACCUUUGCACAUAUUGCCUAUAUCAUCCUUGAGAUUUGAGAUUCUGCAGCGUUAUUUGGCAUCACAAGACGGACAGUACACUAGCAUGUUGGCAUUCCGACCAACAGGUUGGACUUACUCAGAGACCAUCGGGGAGAAUCUUAACUUAAUAAAACCCACUUCUAAGGGCAACAUCACUAUUUAUGGUGUUCCAUAUAGUGAGCAUUCUAAUUUCACAGAGCUGCAGGAUUUUGUGCAGGUUAAGAUGUUUUUGUACAAUUCAUUUUGCUUCUUGAAUAUUUAGUCAAUGUCAUCUUUGCCAACUGUUAGAAAUAUCAAGUUUUCUGAGGCCAGAAAAGAUAAUUCCUACCGUGAAUGUUGGAAAUGCUGUUAAUCGUGGCAAGAUGCAAUCAUACUUCCAGCAGUGGCUGAAAGCCUGAAAGAGGAGUUGUUCUUCUGGAGUUGUCUAGUUUGGUUAUUCUAUUCUUUCUAAUUUUUCUGAAGAUUAGGAAGUGGAUUAGAUAGGUUAUUGAAAUGGGAAUGGACAAAUGGUGGUUAUACAGUUGUAAAAAAGUGUUUUUAAUCUCUCUAUUAAGGUGAAUCAAAAAUCUCUUGGCCUUCA